AUGCUCUCCGGGCGCGUCAACUCUACCGCUUGCUACAAACGAGGCCUACCGCAGCUCCAUAAAGAGAACCCCCGCACGCCGGCUCCAGCAAGAACGUUGUUUCCGUAUAGCAGAGCGCCGACAGCAGUGAUGCUCCGACGACGGCUGUGGCACGGUCUUAUCGAGCAGACCAUCAUCAACAAGGAUGAUAACAUGAUACUCUACGCCGUCGUCAAUCAGAACAGAGCACACGGCCUCACCACGACGCUUUCGCAACGGUUCAAGAUCAAUCAAAGGGAGGAGGAUAACGGAGAUACAGCUAUAGCAUCGAAUAUGCUGGUGCACGGUGGCCAUACUCUACGAAGCCACUUUGCGCGCUACGCGUCGGUGGCGAACGCACAACCGCUUGAAGAUCAGAAGCACGCGGACAAGGRUGGCAAGAAGAUAUCGGUGGGAGAUACCGAGGAGGUCCAAACCAACAAGGGGAAUUGA